CUAUUUACCCUUUUUUCAUUCAAAUACCUUCUUAUUCCUGACAAGCCUCAUCAGGGACAAGACGAACGCCAAACAUACACUUUAGCGACGGCAUCCAGGCCGUCUUAUGCCAUUUAAUGCAACGAGGUAUGAUAUUGUUGCAACAGAAAAUGAAGAAAUGCCAACUGGAAACAUGCUACGCCAGGCGGGGCUUGCAAGGAUGAGCUACACCGGAAGCGACGCCGAAUAGCGCAGGCGGGCACAGUCAUACCGAGCUGUAAAGAACUUCCGCCUAUGCUGAUCGAAUAUCGAGCAUCUUCCCAGCAGUCUGGCGGUUCCGCCAAGCGCGUUGGCAUGAAGCCCAUGCCUUGUGGCUGCGGUUCUCGGGGCAAUUUGCAGGCUGCUGUAGCAGUUCUGUUGCACAAUGUGGAAUGCAACGGAGCGCUGCUGGAACUUAACCGGCCGAAGCGGCGGAAAGUCGCCUCAACGCCUGGCAUUGCAUCGGUUACCGAGGGCUUCAGGCACUCGCAGACUGGGUCUGGGGCGGCGCAGGAGUCUUUGGAUGGAGCUGCUGUGCAGAUGGAGUCAGGGGAUGGGGUAUCUAAUGCAUCUCCCUCCCCAGCCAAUUUUGCGGAUUGCAUAACCGCUGCAUGGGCACGAGGUGGCAGGGUUCGGUGGCGUCCGGAAGAUGUACAGGUCCUGCUGGCCCACCUGGCCUCUCUUCCCCCGGGUGGCCGCACCCUUGCUACCCGGCGAGCCAUGGAGAAGCUGGGAAUAGCCCACUUGCCAGACCCGGACCACAAGCUCUUUAAUGCUAUCAACCUUAAGAUGUGCAUCAUUCGCAACAAGCUGGCGCACGGCCGAGAUCCUCUCGCAGGAGAUACCGCGCCCAGGGCUCCCCAUGGCACAUACAACUUCAGGGCCUGGUUCGAGCAAGCUUUCUUAGCGCUGCCGAACCACGAGGGCACGGUGGCUGAGGUCGCAGCAAUCCUAGACGCAGAUCCUGAGAUUUCCCGCAAACUGGACAAGAGGCCAGAACCCCGCUACCAGGACACCGCCAUGUGGCAACUCCAGCUUAUGCGUUUGGCCUCAAGGUACGGCAGGUACCCGGAGAUCGUGAACACGGGACGGAAGCGCGGCAGGAGUACGAUUUACCGCUACGAUGAAGAGGUGGCCCGGCAGCUGGGCGAGCGUGGCAAGGCCCCCAAGGGUCCCAAGCGCCGGGUAGCGCACAUGGGCAAGCGGGGAGACGCAAACUGAGGAGAGAUGAGGCCGAACAAGGUCAUGCAUGGCUGGCUGAGAGUGGGCCCUCUUGCGAGGGCGCCCUAGGAAGUGUCCGCCAUUGCACUCUGAUCUUACGCAAUGGGUGUUGCCGAGCCCCUGUCCUACCGCCUGGCGCCGCCCAUCGCCGCCAGGCCGGCAUGGUGUAACACCCACAUGUAGCUCCAGGUAACUGCUUGCUUUUUUUCCGAUGUGGACUGUUACAGAGGAAGGACAGGAAGACCACCAAAGAACCAGAGGAGGAGAAAACCACUGGAAACUUGCUGCCUCAUGGUUCAUUGAAUAUGUUGAUACCGUCUACAUGCUUGCAAAGUUGCCGCCCCUAAAUGGGUGACUACGCUAUGCUGAGAGACAUGUGGGGAGCCCUGCACCGGACCUGCGGGGAUGACGACAGCAGGCAGCUGAGCGAGCGAGGGGUGGAGGCCUCUCAUACUGGAGUUGCGGUUUCAGAGCCUUGACACUAAAAGGAAAAUGAUGAAGUGGGAUCCGUAUUCCGUCAAAG